AUGAGUUGCAGUGUCCGGUCAGCCAAGCUCGUCCGGUUCAACUUCAACGGAGCAGCGUACUUCAACAGCUUUUCCAAGUUCUACCGGAUUAACAGCAGCAGCAGCUCUGUCACAACUGAACUUACAAACGCCUGUCCUACACAACCCGUUUGGCGGGCAAACAUCAUUGUUGCCACAGCAACUUGUGGGUCCAUCCACACAAUCUUACGACAACUUCUGGUCAACGGAGGGUCAUCUGUUCUCCCCGACGUGCAUGAUCUCUUCUUGAGAGUUGGCACGAGAACGCUUCAACAGGUUGAAAGACAUCUUGCACUGUAUCUGAUUGCACUUCAGAAGUCACCCAAUCAGAAGCAGCUUAACCUCAAUGACAUGUAUGCUGCACUCGGCAUGUCUGGUAGCUGGCUGGACCAUCAGAUUCGUGCACAAUUAGCCAAGACGUCGCCCAGUGCGCAAGCUCCGAAAUCGCAGAGUGUCAACAACUUGAUUGACUUGCAGUCUGUCCUGCAACUUCAGCAUCAGCAGCAAUCUCUACAAUCUAACCCAGCCGCUGCGAUCGCAUUGCUUCCAGCGCUUCAAGGAGCUCUAGCAGGACAGCUUCAACAACUCAAACAGCAGAUUCAACAACAACAGCAACUGCAACAAAUUCUGCAACUGCAACAACAACUUGAACAGAUCCAACAGCUUCAAUCGGCUCAAUCUCAAGCCAAGCCUACCCCCCCGUCAUCACAGACUAAGAGCAAAACGCCGGCAGCGCCGGGUCAGCAGAAAGUGGCUACGAGUUCUGCCAUGUCCAUCCUCCACCUGACCUCCCAGAAUCAGCCCAGCAAGACAACAGCAGGAAGCAAUCUCAGCAAGUCAACAACCUCAGCAGCUUCCGCCAUCUCCUCCCACCCCCUUGGACAAGCCUCAAAAGGUCUGAGCAGUUUUCAGCAACAAUCGCAGCAGAAGGUGCCGGGGUCUUCUCAGCACAUCAAGUACCCGAUACCAUCUCAGCACCCAUCGGCCUCGGGAGGAGGGCAAGACAAGAAGUUGCAGAAUGCGUUGGGUAUGAAGCAUACCGCAGCUGGGAUAGUGAUCGAUGAUAGCCAAAGUUUUUCCGAUCAAUUCAAGAAGAGAGGGAGGGACGAGAGCCUGGUGCUGACGGACGACGGUCUCUUAACCUCAGCAGCAUUCAUGCAGCGAUCUAAGGUGGGCAAUGAAAAGAAUGCGAAGAAGCCGAAGUCAAGGGACUCUCCGUCUCAACACUCUCCUGUCCUGGCCACAGCGCCAAAGCUGUGGGCCAACAUUAAAUCGGAGCAUGACGUUCAGGCUGCAAACAAAAAUCCGAUGUCAAUGGAUUUCUUGUUGGAUGGGUCCUGCAAUGCAAACGUGAAGAACAGCAACGGAUCAAAGAAACAAGUCUUCUUCGCAUUCUUCUCCGAUCCAAUCCAAAGAAACAGCAGCUUCCAAGAAGAGCUACGAGUCUGCGAUGGCCAAGGAUGA